UUUAUCGAACGAUUUGGCAACACUGCUACCACGUUACCAAGUUUCUUAUGGAAAUAUUGUUCCUUUAGUGUUGUGCAUAAUUUAGUUCAAUUUAUAUUUGGUUUUAAGAAUACAAAUCGUUCUUAUAUUGAAUUCGAGAUAAAAUUGACUAAAUUUACUUCAUUCUCCUCUCGAUAACCUCUGAAUUUGAAAUCAUGGUGAAACUGUAUUAUUUAGCUGUUUUAUAUAAACAUCCUACAAAAGCUAUUACUUUAAAAUCAGCAAAUGAUCUUUCUUCAUUUGGAUUUUUUCAAAGAAAUAGUGUACAAGAAUUUAUGAAAUUCACUAGUCAAAUUCUUGUCGAUAGAACUCCUGCACCUACAAGAACAUCAGUAAGAGAGCAAGAAUAUAUGUGUCAUGUUUAUGUAAGAAGUGAUAAAUUAGCAGCUACAUUGAUAUCGGAUCAUGAAUAUCCACAUCGAGUAGCUCAUACAUUACUUAAUAAAAUACUAGAUGAUUUUGCUUCUCAAGUUCCAUCAUCAUCUUGGGAAACUGAAGUAGAAAAUUCAGUUGCCUUUGCUGGAUUAGAUGCAUGUCUGGCAAAGUAUCAGAAUCCUGUAGAAGCAGAUGCAAUGACAAAGAUACAAGCUGAUCUAGAUGAGACGAAAAUCAUUUUGCAUAACACCAUAGAAGCAGUUUUAGAAAGAGGAGAAAAAUUGGAUGAUCUUGUUGCAAAAUCUGAAGAUUUAAGUUCUCAAUCAAAAGCAUUUUAUAAAACGGCUCGAAAGGCAAAUUCCUGUUGCGUAUUAUUGUAAUUAAAACCAGGAUUGAUACGACUACAAAACCAAAUAGUAUAAUAAAUGUUCUGAGGGCCCAUUUAAUCCUUUAAUAUAAUUAUUAAAUAAAUGUGUACAUAUGGCAAUAUAUAUAUACAGUAAAUGUGUCAAUGUGUAAACAUGUGCCUCUCAAUUCUCAAAACCAUAAUGUUUAAAUGGGUUAAAAAGAAGAAAAAAUUCCAUGUACAUAUUUAUUAUUCAUCAGUUAAGAUAUUAUUUUUCAAAGAUAUUAUCUGUGUAUUGAUAAAAAAAUUUGUUUUUGUAGAAAAUAUAAAAAAAUGUAUAUAUAAAUGCAUUUUAUUCACGAGUCAAAACUGUUAAUGCUUUGGGGGAAGUUAUUUUCUACAAAAUACAUAAAACUGUUAUUGUACAGCUAAUUUUAAUGAAUCAGUUUUGUAAAUAAAAAGUUUGGAUAAUUUUUAAUGGCGUCAGAAAAUCUUUGUUAAAAUUUCAGAACAGCAAUGCUUUUUGUAAAACAGUGAACAUAACUUUAAUAAUAACAAAAUGUAAAAAGGAAUAGAUUGGGUGACUCGAUGUACUUCUUUCUGUUGUGAUUAAUGUAUGUAUGAAAUUAUCUAAGAAAUUUAUUAAAAAUUUAUUUUAUUUUAUCUAAGAACCUAUGCAAA